AUGGCGGAGUUGGUAGUUGCAUUCGAGGUUUUGUUCAAUUCAGGAGCGAUGAAGGCUGCGAUAGAGCAUUUAGGUUCAUCGGGUCGCAGACCUAACCAUAGGAACAAGGCAAAGAAACCCAGAUUGAUUAACGAGCUGAAACAACAUUUACACAAAUCUCCUCCACCAGAUCCCGCCGCCGUUCGUGGUGUCCUGCCUCUUGUCAUCCCCAUUUUCAAAUUCGCGCUUGUACAGUAUCCAGGAAGAGCACAUAGAGUUCUGUCGAAGAUGGCCAGCAUAAAGAUAGACAUGUGGGUCUCUGAGCCCUCUCAAGAAAGGGUGGAAAAAUCAACAGCAGUCAUACAUCCUAUGAUGGAAGCUGAGGUGAUAAACUAUGUUAAAGCAAUGAAACAAGAUAGUAAUGAAGAUGAGAUCCGAUCAUCAUCACGAAAAUGUUGCAUCUACAGGGUGCCCCAUACCAUGCGUGACCCAAAUAAUGAAGAUGCCUAUUAUUAUACCUCAAAAGUUGUUUCCAUUGGUCCCUUUCAUUACGAUAACGGGAAACUAAAAGGCAUGGAAAGGCACAAACAAAUGUUUUUCAACAGGUUGUUGGUAAAAACUGAGACAGGCUUGGAUGAUUUAGUCAGGUUUGUGAUGCGUUGUGAGCCACUGGUUCGGGCGUCUUACUCUGAUGAGAUCAAACUGAAUAAGAAGGAAUUUGUGAGGUUGAUAUUGUUGGAUGCUGCUUUCAUCAUUGAACUCUUCACGAUUGUGUAUGCUAUCACAGUUAAGAAGGCUCGCAACGAUGAUAUAAGAAAAGAACUAGAGUUGUUGGAACAUUGGUGGCUAGAAGCUGCUAUUAAGGAUUUGAUUUUACUUGAGAAUCAAGUUCCAUUCUUUGUUAUUGAACGCCUAUACAAGGAAGCUUUUCCCUCUGGCCUGUCAGAAAAAAAUAGCAAUAAUAAGACCCCUUCGUUUCGUGAGAUCACAUUUACCUUCUUUCGGUCUUACAAAAAAGUUUCACACGGAACUGAAUUUGGCGAGAUAAAGCACUUCACCGAUCUACGUAGGUCGUUUUUCUUAUCAGGAACAAGAACCAGUGGUCAUAUUGGGGAACCAGAAUUCAUAGAGGAUCCACGUGAUCUUCUUUUAUACAGUGCCACCGAGUUGCAAGAAGCAGGAGUAACGUUGAAGGCAAGCGCAAAAAAAGGCAAGAGCUUACUUGACUUGAACUUUUCAAGCCCGCCUUAUUUUGAGAUCCCAGAGAUUUUCUUGGAAGACAGAACUGAGAUUUUUUUCGUAAUAUGGUAG